UUUGAACCGUACUACAGUUAGUUAUCGUAAAAAUAUUUGUGUUACAUAAAUUCGUAGUGAUUUUAUUUUAAUUUCAUUCUGGAAAUAGGCAGUUGUUUGUAAUACGUGAAAGCAUAGCAAAUCGCAUCUAUGCACCCUUGCAUCCAUCUACGCGAUGAACAUUGGAACUGAUUACAUAAAUUUUUCUAACUGGAAUUCAGUACGUCAAAUUCUGCAAGGGGAAUAGUGGUCUCCGGGCAUCUUAAUGAAUUACUAAUAUUGGAGAGAGUGAAAAAAUUGCAGUGUUAUCCGUCUGCCUAAUAAAAUCGAUAAUCCAAGCACAUCAUCUCAUAUUCAUAGUGUAAUUGUAUUUUGACAUUUUCGCCACCGCCACCGCCACCGUCGCCGUCAUCCUCACCAUCAGCAGCGACUGCCGCCAUUAUUGUCUCGGUAUCAAUUAGCCAAAAUGUCAUUUAUUAAUAAGUUGAAGUCAACACCAUUGCCGCCAAUUAAAAAUAUUAUAAAUGUUGCCGUGCAGACAGCCCGUCAGCAUAUACCCGAGAAGAAGGACUACGAGCAGCCAGGAAAUACAACGGGAACAGCAACAGCGCAGCAAAAUUUAAAUUCACAUCAGCAAGGAAUGUUGAAUGCAGGGACUGGCGAAGGCCAAUAUCAAGCCCAAAUCGCUGAAAGACCGACUGAAUUGAAUCCUUUUCGCAAUCCUAAUGGUUGGACGGAUGCAGAUAAUAAUGGCGAGUAUAAGAGUACGGAAUAUCAAAAUACUUCGUUCACCACAAAUGAAUACGACGGAAGGUAUCAACAAACAGAUGGUUUUAGGCAGGGGAGCGUUGCAUCGGAGGGCAGCUCUUUUGUGUGUGAAGGUGAAGGUGGCGGUGGCACCAAUAUUGACGAGUUCCAGGCCGCGUGGAAUGUCACCAAUGCCAUUCAAGGAAUGUUCAUCGUCUCCUUGCCAUUCGCUGUGCUACAUGGAGGAUAUUGGGCCAUCAUAGCAAUGGUUGGCAUUGCCUACAUCUGCUGCUAUACGGGAAAGGUAUUGGUGCAAUGUUUAUACGAGGCUGAUCCCAACACCGGUCAAAUGAUUCGGGUACGAGAUAGUUAUGUUGCGAUUGCAAAAGUUUGUUUUGGACCUAAACUGGGCGCUCGUGCUGUUAGUAUUGCCCAAUUGAUAGAGUUGCUAAUGACCUGUAUUCUGUAUGUAGUGGUGUGCGGCGAUUUAUUGGCAGGUACUUAUCCCCAAGGCUCGUUUGAUUCACGGUCUUGGAUGAUGUUCGUGGGUAUAUUCUUGUUGCCAAUGGGUUUUUUGAAAUCACUAAAGAUGGUAUCAACUCUGUCAUUCUGGUGUACUAUGUCUCACAUUGUUAUUAAUGCAAUUAUUUUGGGUUAUUGCAUAUUAGAAAUUGGAGAAUGGGGUUGGUCCAAAGUACGAUGGAGCAUUGAUAUGGAAAACUUUCCCAUUUCAUUGGGCGUUAUUGUUUUCUCAUACACAUCACAGAUAUUUUUGCCAUCGUUAGAAGGGAGCAUGAUCGAUCGUUCCAAGUUCAAUUGGAUGUUGGAUUGGUCGCAUAUAGCAGCUGCGAUUUUUAAAGCCGGCUUCGGCUAUAUUUGCUUCCUAACUUUUCAAGAUGAUACACAGCAGGUUAUUACAAAUAAUCUUCACUCGCAAGGCUUCAAAGGUUUGGUGAAUUUCUUUUUGGUUAUUAAAGCCUUGCUCAGCUAUCCAUUGCCCUACUAUGCUGCAUGCGAGCUGCUGGAAAAGAACUUCUUCAGAGGACCGCCAAAAACGAAAUUUCCCACAAUAUGGCAUUUGGAUGGGGAAUUAAAAGUUUGGGGUUUGGGCUUUCGGGUUGGCGUUAUUCUGUCCACGAUUAUGAUGGCAAUUUUCAUUCCACAUUUCUCAAUUUUAAUGGGUUUUAUUGGUAGUUUUACGGGCACUAUGCUGAGUUUUAUAUGGCCAUGCUAUUUCCAUAUCAAAAUCAAGGGCCACUUAUUGGAUCAGAAGGAAAUCGCUAAGGACUACCUCAUCAUCGCUCUCGGAGUCUUAUUUGGAGUAAUAGGUAUUUACGACUCGGGCAAUGCAUUAAUUAACGCCUUUGAGCUUGGUUUGCCAUUUUAAACUCAAAAUGUUCGAAUAGAAUGUCAAAAGUAGAAUUCAUUCUGCAAUAUAAACGAGAAAGUCAAUCCAUAAAUAGACGAAUGAAGCGCAGGCGUGGAGGAGCUCAUGCAAUUGGUUUAAAUUCUGACUGCUUCAGAGAUUUUAUUUAUUUGUUUGUAUUUGAGGAAAUAUAAUUUAUUUAGAAGUUAAAUUGUAAGGAAAUCUAAUAUAAACUAUGAAUGUUAUAGUACAUUAAUAUAUACAAAUAAUAAUAAGAAACGAAAACGAUGUCUUCCAAAACAAUGUGUGUGAAAAUAAAAUAUUUUAUUUACUAAGAUAAGAUACUGAAACUAACUUAAAAAUGUCUUCCAAAACGGCUUAAAUAUACUAAAAAAAUAAUAUAUAAUAAUUAUAUAAAAAUAAUUCUUACUUAUAUGUAAAAAUAUAUGUAGCAAGAAAAUGCAAAGGAACUUAUCUAUGUACACAUAAAUAGGUAUUUAAUAUAUGUAUGUGUUUAAUUUAAGAUAAAAGUUGAAACAUGUCUUCCAAGAUAAUUAUAUCACAUAUUAUAGAUAGAUCUUAUAUAUACAUACAAGUAUAUG